AGUCUGAACGCGAGCUAAUACAACUAUGUCAUCUUUAUGAGACACAUUUCUACUGCGUCGCAAGCAACUAGCUAGCUGGCUAGCAAGCUUCGUCGUAAACAAGAAUGGCAACCUCCAAGAAGGGUAAGAAAGUUGUAAAUCAAGAGGAACUCCGAAGGCUGAUGAGGGAGAGGCAAAGACAAAAUACGGACAAAAAGCGCGUGGAAUCUCCUUUUGCAAAGUACAACAGUCUCGGCCAUCUCAGUUGUUUCCUCUGCAAUGUGCAGGUGAAGUCGGAACUUCUGUGGCCCGCUCAUGUUCUUGGGAAACAGCAUAAAGAAAAGGUUUCUGAGCUGAAAGGAGCAAAAGGUCAGCCAGUGGAACCAGAAAGUCAGACAGUGAAGAGGAAAGCACCGGACGAGGACGUCAUUGUAAAAAAGGCUAAACCAGCUUUGGUUACAGACCAGUGUACGUCAGGGGUGCCAGGAAAUUUCUUCGACAAACCUGGCGAUAAGGCAACCAUUUCUGCCCAAAAGUCUGCAGGGCUGAGUUUGUUGGCUGGGGUUUACGAUGAGGAUGAUGAAGCUACUGAGGUGGCUGAUGAAGAGAAUACCACUACUGAGAAAGUUGAGGCUGUAGGGCUGCCAGCUGACUUCUUUGACAGCUCUAUCCCAUCCACACCUGCCAUCUCCCAUUCAGGAUCCAUCCUUAAAGCAGAUGUGCAGGAGAAGAGCGCUGAAAAAAAAGACAAUACAGCCGAGGCGCUACCUGAGGGUUUCUUCGACGAUCCAGUUAGAGAUGCCAAAGUUCGCAACGUUGAAGCACCCAAGGACCAAAUGGACAAGGAGUGGGAAGAGUUUCAAAAAGAGAUACGUCAGGUGAACACAAAAUCAGAGGCCAUCGUGGCAGAGGACGAUGAAGAAGGUCGCCUUGAACGUCAAAUUGACGAAAUUGAUGAACAAAUUGAAUGUUACAAAAGGGUUGAACUACUGAGAGACAAGCGAGAUGUGGUGAAAAGCAAGCAUCUGCCUAGGAAGAAUGAACAAAUGAUAACUGAGGAAACCAUUGAUGAAGAAGAGGAGGAUGAAGACGAAUUGCUGGGGCUCUUGUCCCAGGACUGGAGGGCUAAAGGGGCCCUGGCUUAAGUUGUAGAAGUGAGCAAUGAGUGACUACUGUGGUCAGGUUUCUUACAAAAUCAUACUUAAAGAGAAAUUUUGGACAAAGAUGCCAUCAAUUCAAGAAUUGUAAAUUGAUUUUCAUAACAUUUUGUUUAUAUUUGUGUGUUAUACAUAACUGCAGCAUUCAAGUAAAACAUGUGAAAGAGGAA